AUAUUCCGGCUAUAUUAUUAAUGAAGCUAGAUGUCUUGUACUUAAACCAUGAAGAUGAAGAAACAAAAUGUGCGCACCGUUUCACUGGUGGUCUGCACCUUCACCUACUUGCUGAUUGGGGCUGCCGUGUUCGACGCACUGGAGUCAGAUACAGAGAGUAAAAGAUGGGAAAUAUUAUCAGAUAUGAGGAGUGGUCUAAUACGUAAAUACAACAUCUCAGCAGAAGACUACCACAUGAUUGAGAUAGUGAUCAUAGAGAACAAGCCUCACAAGGCGGGUCCACAGUGGAAGUUUGCCGGCGCAUUCUACUUCGCAACAGUGGUGCUGGCUAUGAUAGGGUAUGGUCAUUCAACACCGGUGACUGUGGGAGGGAAGGCGUUUUGCAUGGCCUAUGCUAUGGUUGGUAUCCCGUUAGGCCUAGUGAUGUUCCAGAGUAUAGGUGAAAGGUUGAACAAGUUUGCAUCAGUUGUGAUCAGACGGGCCAAGUGCUACCUUCGCUGCAAUACCACUGAUGCUACGGAGAUGAACCUCAUGUUUGCUACAGGGAUGCUGUCCUCUAUUAUUAUCACUACAGGCGCAGCGGUGUUCUCGAGCUACGAGGGCUGGAGCUAUUUCGACAGUUUCUACUACUGCUUCGUCACCCUCACCACCAUCGGCUUUGGGGACUACGUCGCUCUACAGAACGACCAAGCGCUAACCAGCAAGCCGGGCUACGUGGCCCUAUCCCUGGUCUUCAUCCUCUUCGGCCUGGCCGUCGUGGCUGCCAGCAUCAACCUGCUGGUGCUUCGCUUCAUGACGAUGCAGGCGGAGGAGGCGCGCGAAGAUGAUGCCGACUCGCAGCGGCUGCUGUCGCUGGAGCCCCGCCCCCCGCCCCGCGACGACCAGACCUCCGUCAGUGUGUGUUCAUGCAACUGUCUCGGCAACAAGCAGUGCGAAGGCAUCGGCCUCCUCGCCCCCCCCGCGCCCCGCUACGUGCGUCGCCGCGCCUCCCUCACCCCCUCGCUCAUAGAGCGCGCCUCCGUGUGAGCGAGCGAGACAGCUAUAGCUCUGUCGUGCUGGCUGCAGGACGCUGUGAUUGGUGCAAUUUUGAUGAAGAAGUUGAGUAUGGAUUUUGGUUGGUAAGUGGGUAAUGUAUA